CUUUGUGCGACGAUCUCCCAGUAUACAAUACGCAUCUCUGUGCGCAUUUCGAGUGCGGAUACGUAUUAAAUAUUAAAAUUUUUGAUCACUUGCAUUGGAUUUGCAUUAUCCAACAGCCGUGAAAAAUGAAUAUGACAAUAUUACCGUUGCACGAGUUGCUACAUAUACUGGCCUGGUUGGAGGGCACGUGGAUAACGCAGGAUCCCGCGGUCGGGAUGUAUCCGACCAUCAAGUCGUUCAAUUAUUACGAUGAGAUAAAUAUCACGUCCCUUGGUCAACCGUUAUUCAAUUACGUUGCGCAGAGUUGGCAUCCGGAAUCGGGCACGCCGAUGCAUCGGGAAACUGGCUUCCUGCAGAUUUUACCGGGGACCAACAAGAUCGUCCUGAGUUUGAUUGAUAAUAUAGGUCUGUUCACAGUCGAGCAGGGUGAACUGAUGAUGAACGAUGCUAAAACCUUCGAUUUAAAAAGCACCAAUAUAUUGGCGACAGACGCAUCGAUACCAUCUUUUCCAACUUUAACGGAGACGCGUCGAGUAUUUAAAUUCGAUGGUGACACUUUGGAACUAAUCUUUUACAUGGCAACGUCAAAAACGCCAGAAUUGACGGAACAUUUGCGUGCGAAGUAUAAGAAAGUCGCUUGUCCAUAUGCCAAGAAGACCCAGGAAUAGGAGGAUAAAAUACUAUACAAGUUAACGUUUUUCAUUUUUUGUUACAAUUCUCGGAGUAGGAUAUGAAUAUAAAGUUUUUAAAAGAUGCGAAAUGUAAACGCAUUCUUCGAUGUAGCUAAUAAAUGUACAAUAAAAUAUUUAGAUCUAA